CCUGCUCCACCGGUCGUCGGGCAUCGUAUCAUUUUAUGUUUGCUUUCCAUCAAAUUUCGGGCAUGGCGCUUCUGCACCCUGAGUCAUCUGGCGCGAACACGUUGAUAUGCAAAUGAGGCUCAAACCCAAGCCACCAGACCAACUGCCCAAGAGUUCGAGAUCAAGGUGUCAAAUGUCUGCACCGAAAGUCGUCGUGGAGUUGACCGGAACCUGCGCGAAAGUUUUUGGGGCCGGUCCCAAAAAUGUUGAAUUUUUGCCAGUCGGGAAAGCAACCUUGGCCGGUGUGGUGCGCGUUUUUGUAACAAGCGUUGCAGUUUUUUUGUUUCUGAUUGUCGCGCAAGGAAGCACCCCGCAGAGUGUGAUAAGCUGGGUUCUGUGGUGCAGUCUGUGACCCCUGAAGUUCUACGCGUGAACGAAACGGAGUUUAGUGCUGUGUACAGGUUGUGACACAAUGGUUGCGAUCGAGGUGAUCUAUAAGACUGUACUGGCGUUGACGCUGGUGCGUGGAGUUGCGCUAGCGGAAGAUACGACCGAUCCGGCGAUCGGUUCCAACCGGAUCGGGUUUGCACCCAGUUUUAGCGCCAAGCGGGACGUUCGCUUCUACCUGUACACGCCCCUCACGGAGAUUGAGUCGCACGUGUUUUCAAUUGAAAAUGCCGGUUCGUUGUCACGCACGUUCUACAACACCAGUCUGCCCCUGCGCAUCAUCAUUCAUGGCUGGAUGAACAACGUAACUUCGUUGGCGAUCCGUGGCAUCAAGGAUGCCUACCUGGAACGGGGAGACUACAACGUCAUCGGUGUCGACUGGAACAAGGGAGCCGCGGAACCGUACCUCCGGGCCUCCCAGUACACCCUGGCCGUCGGCUACGUGGUAGCCGAUCUCAUCAACCGAAUUGUACGCUCCAACAUGACAAAGAUGGACGAAAUCUUCCUAAUCGGGCACAGCUUAGGGGCACACAUAGCCGGAAACGCCGGCCACCUCGUCACAGUUGGUCGGGUCAAAACGAUUUUCGGCCUCGAUCCCGCCUCGAUCAACUUCUUCGAAGACGAACCCGACACCCGGCUGAGCGCGAACGAUGCCGAGUACGUGGAAGUGAUCCACACCAACACACAAUUCUCCGGCUAUCCGCACCCGAUCGGACAGGUCGACCUGUACGUGAACUACGGCAAGAAGCAACCCGGUUGUCUGACCGAAUCGUGCAGCCACGGCAGGUCGAUCGAGUUCUUCAUGGAAUCGCUAGCGAAGGACUGCAAGGGCUUUUGGGGCGCCCGGUGUGACGACUACAACGAGCUGAAGACGAAAACGUGCUACAACCUGAAGCAGCAAGCCCUAAUGGGGGGAGAUCCCCCGAGGUACGAGAACGAGAAAGGCAUCUACGUGGUGGUGACGUCGGUGGAUCCCCCGUAUGCGCUGGGUUAUAACUAUUAGAGAGUGGAAAUUGAGCGAUUGAUGAGGGACUUGUGUUAUGGAAAUAAAUCUAUAGUGGAAGCUGCAAAUUGA